GUAAAAGUAAAGAUGUAUCCAAAAUUUAUUUAUGGUUCCUUCAGAGAAGAAGAGAAGUGAGAGGAUAGCACAGAGGUUUUAUACAAUAAGUUAUCCAUUGAAGAUGAUUUUAAACUUCAAGAGAUCCCAAAAGGAGGAGGAGAAACCCUUCUUGAAGGAUGGAACAAAGCUGCUGAAAUGUUCCCAGAUAACAACUGCUUAGGACAUAUUGAAGGAGACAAGUAUGUAUGGAGAACCUACAAAGAGGCUUUACAUGAAGCACAGUGUAUUGCUAAAGUUCUAUUUACAGAGGACCUUAUUCCAGAAGUCUCAGAUAAGGACAAAUCUUAUAAAUUCGUUGGUUUAUACUCAAGGAAUAGACCCGAAUGGGCAUUGGUCAAUUGGGCUCUAGUGCAUUUUUCAGGGACAGUUGUAUCUCUGUACAACACCCUUGGAGAAGAAUCGCUAUGCUAUGCAGUAGAUCAUACAGAUUUGGGAAUAGUAGCUUGUGAUAAGGCUUCAUUUAAAAAGAUGCUAAACCUUCGUAAAGAAGGAAAUGCCAAAACUAUCAAACAUUUAAUUGCUUUUGAUGAAGUUGACGAAGAAGAGAUAAAACAGGCAGAAGAGUAUGGUAUCCAGAUCCAUUUAUUAGAUGAUAUUGUGAAAAGAGGAGAGGCAAUUGAUGAUAAAGUGUUGGAAGAAAUGACAAAACCAACUCCAGAUACUACUGACGUAAUUUGUUUUACAAGUGGAACAACAGGAAGACCUAAAGGAGGAAUGAUAUCUCAUAAAAAUUAUACAGCAAAUAUCAGAGGUGGAGAAGAUUCCCAGUUUCUUUUGAAUGAGACCGAUGUCAUAAUGUCUUAUCUCCCGCUAGCACAUUGAUAUGAAAAAUGGUUAAUGGCUCUUUGCUUAUGGAGAGGAGUAGCUAUAGGAUAUUUUAACGGAAAUCCUCUGACACUUGUUAAGGAUAUUCAAAUGCUCAAACCAACAAUUCUUCCUGCAGUUCCAAGAGUCUUGACAAAAAUAUAUGACACUAUAAAUUUGUUGAUGUCUCAAAAGGAAUAUAUUCAUAAACUGUACAAGGUUGCACUAAAACAGAAGCUGCUCAAAAUCAAAAACGAAUGAAAGUUUACUCAUCUGCUUUGGGACUCUGUAAUUUUUAAAAACCAUAGGGCAAUAAUUGGAGGAAGAGUUAGAUUCAUGCUCACAGGGUCAGCUCCAAUAUCACCAGAGAUCUUAGAUGCCUUAAAAUGAAGUUUCUGCAGUCAAAUCGUUGAAGGCUAUGGUCAAACAGAAACUAAUGCUCCUUGUUUAAUCGUAAAUCCUGAUGACAACGAAUCCGGACACAUUGGUGGACCACUUACAUGAGCAAAAAUUAAAUUAGAGGAUAUCCCAGAUAUGGAAUAUUUCCGUACAGAUAAGCCAUAUCCAAGAGGUGAAAUCUGUGUUAAAGGACCUGUAGUUUUUCAAGGAUACUACAAAGCUGAUGAUAAGAACCAAGAAGCUUUCGAUGACAAAGGCUGGCUCCACACAGGUGAUGUCGCUGAAAUCAGACCUAAUGGAUCUGUCAAAUUGAUUGAUAGAAAGAAAAAUUUAUUCAAACUGUCACAAGGUGAAUAUAUCUCUCCUGAGAAACUUGAGAACGUCUACAACAAGUCUCAGUUUGUGGCCCAGAUCUUUGUGCAUGGGUUAAGCACCAUGAGCUAUUUGGUGGCUGUAAUCGUCCCAGAUCCAGAUUUUCUGAAAGUAUGGGCAUCAAAGAAAGGAUUAGACUUUGACUUGAAUGCUAUUUUGGAAUCUCAAGAUUUAAAAGAUGAAAUACAGCAAGAUCUUGAUGAUAGAGCAAAGAAUGCAAAUUUGAACAGUCUUGAAAGGAUCAAGAAGCUCCACCUUACACCAGAGAUGUUUUCUGUUGAAAACGGUUUAUUGACUCCAUCCAUGAAGCUAGUCAGACACCAUGCAAAGACAACAUUUAAAGACAAAAUACAGGAUAUGUACAAUGAAUAAUUCA